AUGCAAAACCUUCCAAGGGGCCCAGGGGGGCCACAGCGGGACUACCGCGGCGGAAGAAAUGAUAGAGACGGCUAUCGCGACCGCCGUGACAAUCAUUACAGAGACUAUCGCCACUCAUACCGCGGAGACUACUAUGACCGACAGUAUGGUAGACCUAGAAACAAUAGACCCAGCAAUGGGAGACCGCACUAUUCGGACUCCCAGCCGCCCUUGCACAAGAUUCCACGCGUUUCGUUAUGGGACAAGCCUGCCGAAGGGUUUGAAGGAGUCUCUGCUGCCCGGGCCAAAGCUUGCGGUCUUUUCACGGAACCAGGAGCAAGUUCCAGAAGCACAGACAAAUCAGAGAUCCAAAGGCUUCUUUCGCACGCAACCACGAAUUAUCGCUCGUCUGCAUUCCAGGACUCGAAACUGACUCCGUUGGACUCGCGCAUGGCGAAAAAACUCGUUCUUACAGCGGAUUUCGCCGUGGUCAGACCUGAAAGAGUGAAAAAGUACCUUGAAAACUUCCUCUUGACAAACACCAUCCCCAAUGUUAGCUACGAUAAUGUCAAGCUUGACCUUCAGCCGACCGCCGACCGCAACAGGAUGAUUGUCAACACUACUCGUUCAAUGGUGGCUACCGUUCUUUUCGCAUUGACGGGGACUGACGUCCCUGAGCUGAAUACCAUGCUCACGUUCGACAGACCAAACGAGUACGUUGUUUUCGAUCCGCAGGACAAAACUGUUCCCGAUGAACCUCUGGACGAAGUCAUCGAGUGCAACCAGCUCUACGCCGUGAGAAACGUUCCAUUUGGCACUCCAAGGGAGGCUUUGGUGGACCUGCUUAAGCCGUUUGGCAAACUUCGGUCGCUCACGCAAUUACUGGACAAACUGUCGUACGAAUCAAAGGGAAUCGCAUUUUUUGAGUUAUUAAGCGACGACUCGAACGUUUUGGAUAGACUUCAAGAGCUCGUGAUUGACGAUCAGGAGCUGGAGGUGAUCAAAGUCUGCGAAAACAGUAAACACCAUUACACACAGUCUGCUAUUCUUUCUGCUGAGACGCUGUUUCCAACGUUGCAGAGCACCGAGAAAAUCUCCAAACACGCGGUCUCCAAAGUUGUCCAGUUCAUUAACUGUCUCCCAGUGGAGGAUCUGGUGGACUCGGUGAGGUACAACGAUUUCAAAGUUGCAUUCGAAACUGAAUGCGCUCUGCACGGGCAGUUUGAAAAAGUGGUCAUUCCCAAGCCACCAGCAGACUUCCGGCCAGGGAUGGCCACCAGACCCGAGGUUGGUCGGAUCUAUGUCAAGUUUGUUUCUGAGGAAGACGCGUCCAAGUGUGUCAGCUCCCUUGCUGGCCGCAGUUUCAACGGAAGAACGAUACUAGCGGCGUACUUUGACGAAGAGGAUUUCGACUCCAAUCUGUUGUGA